CUGCACAUCACUUAUUUUGUUACUUUGUGAUCUGAUAUUUGCAUUCUGAAUUUCAUCACACAGAUAAUUUAAGUUAAUUUACCGUUUCUAUUUCUUUGUCAAUCAUUCAAUUUCAUAUUGUUUCCAGUUUUUGCAUGCAUGUCACACAAGGAAAGUGUGCUUUUAUUUCUUAGAGCGAAAUUACCUGUUUUCCGGUGUCGUUCUGGCUAGCUGUGGUUAACUUGUCGCAGUUUACUUACCGCAGGCUUGCGCACUUGAAGCCCCCAUAUUCACGCACACGCGCGCACACAUUCCAGCAGUGACUGUGUUGUGACCGCCUUGCUUCCAGAAACGGACGUGCUUUUGGAUGUACGAGCCGGCGUCUCCGUUCAGCGAUGGUGUGAAGAGCUGCUGGAGGCAGGCUAGGCUUCGAACCGUGGAUUCAGGUUCGAGCGCGUGACGGGCUCAGAAUUCAACAGCUUCUCAGUUCUACCGCUGCCUGUUGACGAAUGACUCACACCGAGUCUGCAGCGCUCCUCUCAGGGACAGUUUUCUGCAGCCCUUCGCUGGUCAGGGGCCUGCCUGGCAUCUCUCAUCCAUAUCAUUCCUCUUUUCAUCCACCCAUCCUUCCCUCUGUCAUGAAAGGCCUGUCCAGUAGUCGGAGUCACCAUCACGUGGUCUCCUAUGAACCAUCAUACGAUCCACUGGGUCACCAUGUUGACCGCAAGCCAUAUUUGAUCAGUCAGAAUGACAUGCCUUUGCCCAUUCCCAUGCCACAUCCAGCUGAGCUGCCCUACUACAAUUCUCAGCGUACCUCAUACCCCUCUGACAGCAACAGCAUCGUCCCAUAUGGAACCUUCCCAAGGAGGUGCCACUCCACCUCCUCAUCUCACCAUCCUGAGGUAAAGGAUGAGUGUAUGGCCAUGGUACCAUAUGUAGGAGGAGGAGGGGGAGGAGGAGGAGGAGGAGGAGGCUAUGGAGGUAAAACACCCACCCGGGUACCAGCAAACUUUGCGGACCCGUUUGAGCGUCAGCUGUCAUUUUCCAGAGAUGGCUAUCACACACUGCAGUACAAACGAGGAGUGCUGGCCCACAGUGGGGGGAUGGGGGCCAACAACAACAACAAUGACAGCCCAGGGAGAAUUCGCCACCUUGUCCACUCAGUCCAGAAACUCUUUACCAAGUCACAUUCAUUGGAGGGGCCACACCAUACACAGUCCUCCAAGGGGGCCAAUAAUGGAAGCAUUAAUGGUAGUGGUGGUGGGGGUGGUGGUGGAGGAGGUGGUGGUGGUGGUUCAAGGGCCAGCCCAGAAGGUGAAACUCCACCAGUGGGAGUUCGCCACAGGAAGCGCAGCAAGAGCCGUGAGCGCUGUCGAUCAGCAGAGCCCAAGCAUCGAAGCCACCACCACCACCACCAGCUUCACGGCUCAGCAUCUGCUCCGGGCUCUGGAUAUUGGAGCUCAGAUGACAACCUGGAACGGGAGCUGUGUCUCUACCACCCUCACCACCAUCAACCCCCACCCUCACCCUCACCCUCCAUUUCCCCCUCGCCCAUCGCCAUGACAAUGGGCCGGUAUCCUGGCAACAACCCCGACAAGUUCCCCCAGACUCCCCUCCCUAGUCUCUCCUCCUCGCAGUCCCAGCAGUACUUCAUGAUGGACCCUUACAGCACACUCAGCGAGCACACACACACCCAUGCACACCAUGGCCACACACACCACCAUUCCGCACUCAAAGCCUCCCGGAGCAACAACGAUGUGAAGUAUGCAGUGUCGUCGGCAUGUGUGCCAGUUAGUGGUAGCAGCAAUAACAGCGGUGGCGGUAUCGGUGGAGGAAGUGGCCCCUUGCUGCCCCUGGGUCUUGUGGACGGGCCCCUUGUGAAGAAAGGGGCAUGGUCGUCAAGCCUAACGGUGAGCAGGGCCCGAGAGGUCUACACCAACAACAGCAGCCACAACCAGCUACGAGCCAGCGCAGGAUCCGGUAACCUAAACCUAGAUAGAGCUCUAGUCAAAUCUAAGGGCAGUCAGCAGCAGGAGCGCUCUUGCCAUUUCUUACAGGUACCUCAGGAUGAGUGGAGCAGCUUCUCACCUCUGGGGAAGGAGGACGAUAUCCCCUGUCGGAGGAUGAGGAGCGGCAGCUAUGUCAAAGCCAUGGCUGAGGACGACAGCGGAGACUCUGACGGAAGUCCCAAACCCUCUCCCAAAAUCCAGGCACGCCGGGCCAGCUACCUGAAAGCCACACAGCCAUCAUUGACUGAGAUGACCACCCUACAGAUUUCGACAGAGCACUCCCCCAAACUGCAGAUCAGGAGCCACAGUUACCUACGUGCGGUGAGUGAGGUUUCAAUCAAUAGAAGCCUCGAUACCCUGGACCCCAAAACCCUCCUCGACCCCAAAUCGCUGCUGUCCUCACCCCAAUACCGCUCACGCAAUGAAAGCUACAUGAGGGCCAUGAGCACCAUCAGUCAGCUGAGUGAGGUGGAGGUGAACGGACAGAUUGAGCAAGUAUGUGAGCAGGUCUACAGCGAGAUGCAGUCCCAGGCAAUGGAGGCUGCCAUGGACAGCAUGGACACCAUGGACACCUUGCCUAUGCCAGGAUGCUUCAGGAUGCGAAGCCACAGCUAUGUGAGGGCGAUCGACCAGGGCUGUGCUGGGGAGGAGGAAGGAGAAGGAGGGAGACCACUCCUCCUGUUGCCAUCCUCCCCACCUCGCACAUCUGCCACCACUGUCAGGACCAUCCAGAGCAGCACAGGUAGGGCACUACAAGGCAAGAAUGGAUGUUCAGUAUGUGUCUUUGAGCACAGUCUCGCAGCUGAGGCACUGAAGAGGAACCAGAAGAUGUUAGGCCUUCCGCACCACAAGCUGAUAACUGAUGUUGUUGUCCGCUGGAACAGUGCCUAUGAGAUGAUCAGCGGUUUCUUGAGCAACAGCCAGCUGUUACUGCUGCCCUCUUAUCUCCAGAGCGACACAAUCAGCACAAUUGAGGAUGCCCCUCUCGUCAAGGACAUAAAGUGUGCCAUCCAUGGAGACCUAUCAAAGCGCUACAUGUCUCGCAGAGGAGAAAACUUCCUCUACGUUGCCUCCGCCUUAGACCCCAGGUUUAAGUCGAUGCUCUUCUGGUUGCCUUCAGAAGUGCAGGAGACGUAUGCCAUGGAUGCAUAUAUGGAAGAAGAGGGACCCAGAGGUGACAUGACCAUCCAAUCAGGGCUCAGUAACUCAACAGAAAGCAUUGACAGUAUGAAGGCCUUGACAGCUGCCAUAGAAGCUGCUAAUGCACAGGUCCAUGGACCAGCCAGUCAGCAUGUCAGUAACAGCACCAUGACAGUCAGCAUACCCACCCCCUCAGUCCUCAGCAGGGGGCCAGUUAUUGAAGACCACCGAGAUGGAUACAGGAAAGAAGCUUUCAGGAAGGGCAAAUGUCUCUCCAUAGGCAUCCAGGUGGAUGGACCUGAGGAGGUUCCGGAUCCAGAAGACCCAUCCAAGUUCACCUCUGUAGGGGUGCAAGUGGAGGAUGACAGAGGGUACCGUCGUUUUCAGCGCUCCAACAGUGUGACAACUGCUGUACAGGCAGAUCUAGACAUGCCAGACUUGCUGGACACCCCUCUUGACUACCCAGACACUGACACGGAAGUCCUGCCAUCUGGUGCCAUUUCUCGGCAAUACUCCCGUGAUGCCACCACCUCCACCGUCAGCAUCCAGGGCUCAGGGAACCACUACCAUGCCUGUGCCUCCGAUGACUUUGAGGAUGUGGGCUUUGACCCAUCCAUCCUCCCCCCUCCAGACCCCUGGAUAGACAGUGUAACAGAUGACCCACUUGAUGUCAGCUUCAACAGCUCUACUAUUUUAGAGGUGGUGCAGCGGUCAGUGUGUCAGAGAGAUGGACGCUGGUUUCUGAAGCUGCUACAGGCAGAGACCGACCGCAUGGAGGGCUGGUGUCAACAGAUGGAGCUCGACCAGCGGGAGAAUGACCUGCCUGAAGAUAUCCUUGGGAAGAUGAGGAGUGCUGUUGGAAGUGCUCAGCUUCUGAUGUCCCAGAAGUUUCAACAGUUCAGGGAGCUGUGUGAGGAGAAUCUGAACCCCAAUGCCCAUCCUCGUCCUGUGGCCUCAGACCUGGCAGGUUUUUGGGAUAUGCUUCAGCUGUCAAUCGAGAACAUAAGCCUCAAGUUUGAUGAGCUUCACCAGCUCAGAGCCAACAACUGGAGACCCCUGGAUCCCCCUGAGAGGAAGGAGAGGCGGCUCCCACCUCCAGUGCCAAAAAAGCCACCCAAGGGCCCCCACCACCAUCCCCCUCUGGCCAGAGACCGCUCACUGGAGAGCUCAGAGAAACAGCGGCAGGAGGCCAGGAAGCGCCUGAUGGCUGCCAAAAGAGCCGCAUCCGUACGGCAGAACUCCGCUACGGAGAGCGCUGACAGCAUUGAGAUCUACAUCCCUGAGGCUCAAACAAGACUAUGAGGACACUACCAGGGACACACACAGGGUAGAAAUGCAGUACAAACACACACCAUACAUAACACUAACACAAAACUGUAUGGUUGUCCACACCAAAGUAUAGGGGUGUAACCAAAUAUGAAGGCAUUAUUUGGAUAUGCACAGAUCAUGCACUCGGAGUAACUUCAACAAUCUAAAUUGUUGCAGUAAUAUUCUUCUGAGUCAUAACUUAUAAACACACAGAUAAUCAGAUCCUGAAGAUCCUGAGGAUACCGAAGAGCUGUAUUUAGAAAGCCUUUUUCCCCAAAUAAUCAAAUAAUAAUACUAAUAAUUAUUAUUAUCAAAUAUUAUUAUCAAUAAUAAUAAUUAUUGUUUUUAUCAAGGCUUCCUUCCAUUGCAUGCACAAUUUCCUUUUUAAAUAUGCAAUAAAAUCAAAUGCAAAAAAAUGUCAUUAUAUACACAACCUUCCACUUUUACAGAAAACCAAUGCAAUUCUGACUUAAGUAAGUCAAUACUUGUGACUCAAUAUUGACUUACUUUUCUUCUUUUCCAAAUACAAAUCACAUUUUAUCAUUUGAUUAAUUUAGGCUGGUGAGAAAUGUGCUCAGUUACACCAGAAUAAUUAUAAUGAAAUUAAGGCUGAAAAUGAACCAGACUAGACAAUUCCUAGAAACUUACGGUAUACAGUACCAAGCUUACUUCUGGAAUGUUCCGAAUAAAGAUAGAAAUACAAAUAGUGUUGUGACAUAACCAGAUAAUGAUACAGAUAAAAACUAACUGUAAUGAAAACAGAGAAGGGUGGUAGAAACGGAGGGUAGCGCAGUCUAGAACAGCUAGACAUGUUUCCGUUGGCUGCUCCGAUGCUCAGUUGUUGUGUAUUAAAGAACAAAUAUCUGUAAUAAUUGAGUAUUUAUUAAAAUAAAAAUAUCUAUUGAUAAGAAAAAGCACAAACCACAAGCACAUUACAAAUUAACAUUCAUUAGUCGAGCCCUCCCCAGAUACAGACAGUAGAUUUGCAUUACACCCCUACCAAGCUGUGUGUAUUUCAAUUUCCAAAACCCUCACAUCAUAGAUAUUGUACCCCUCAGUGGGUAGCAUCAGUUAACUAUGACCUGUAAGAGCUGUCCAAACCUCUAAUAUAUAUUUUACAGUGUAGACCCAUGAUUUAGACACAUGCAGCAUACCUGUACAGUUGGAACACUGCCUUUGAAUAUGUGUCCAACUUCCAUUAAUUAAGGCCAAUUAUCAUCAUCUGUUUAUUACCUGCAACUAUGUUACAGUGGUUCUCAAUAACAUGUGUACAGAAUAAAUCACCCCCUAAAUUAAACUGGAGGUUCAGCCAUCCUAAACUGACCCUUUUAGUCCAUCUGCUAAGGAAGAUCACAUCAUAUGAUCGGAAGCACUGAAACAACUACUGAAUGGAGGUUGAACUGAGGCUGUUUUGUCACCUACUUGGUUAAUGUUAGAGAAAAAAUGUGGUCAUUGGUUAAAGUUAAGGCAUCAGUAUGAUUAAAGCAAGGUGCUUGUUGGAUCAUCUAACAGCGCCAAAGAUAAGGGAUGCAGUGGGAUGUACUAAGGAGGGGGCUAAGAUGGCAGGCCUUUCACCCCACCUUCCAGUCUGGAACAACUUAGAAGCACAUCCACUUUGGACAUGGUCAGAUAAGCUAGUUCAUUUGAAGCAUACUCAACUCUUUAGGGUUAAAAGAAACCAUCUAUUGGUAGGUGAUAGGUCGGAGUCAGACAUUUUGUACACCCAACAAUCCACCUUUACAUGUUCGGAGGGACAUGCUGCUGAGCGGUGGCAGUGUGUUUUCAACCUUGUGGGUUUGGUCAGAUCAUACAGGACUUGGUUUUACUUUUGAUAGAUGCUGAAGGUUUUGUCUGUGGGUCUGUGUUAUUACACAAAGGUACAGUAUUUGUACAAAGGUGAUGGACAAUCUUACACAAACACACACACACACACACAAAUAAACACACAAUCAUUAACUUGUGUCAUAUGAAAUGACUUCACAUACACACUGGUUUACACUCACAGGUAAUUCUUUCAGGUCUGUAUGAACAGUGCAGGCUGUUGUAAUAUAAAAACAGUGUCUCUUUUCCCUCUGGAGAAGAGAACGCCAUGAUCACUGUUUUAUCUUUCAUCUUCCUCUCCGUUUACAUGCUACAUCAGUUCUUCAUUGAAUUUGGGAACUUCAAGUAAUGAUUAAUUGGUAUUUUCUUCCUCUGUAGUGAACCCUCUUAAAAUGAGGACAAUAUUUUAAAGGAAAAUUCUGUUAUUUUAUAAAUCUUGAUGUAUUUUCAUAGUUUUGGAAAUCAUUCUUUUUUGUUGUGAUCAUUUUUUACUCACCAGUUUCACAGCUGUAUUCUUGGGUCACAGUGACUGCACUGAGCACCGCAAACACAAGCCAUUGGAAUGUUUUUAACCAAGUUUUCUAAAACACUAAGGCCCCGAUUAGACAGAGCUCAGCUUUUGCAGUAAGAGGUGUCUUUUUCAGCGUCUUUUUCAGCGUCUUUUUUGGCGCGCCACAGGAUUUUGCAGGAGCACUCCUCAACACCUCAAGUUUUUAUUUUUCCCUAUUGUCUAAUGGGAUUAGAUUUGUGAAUCACAGUUAGGCUAAGGACAGGUCAUUUGGUGGUUGUCUAGCAACAUUUAAAAAACACAGCAAGCUGAUCUUUUUUAAAAUCCAGUCUUUAAUAAAACGGGCAGUGCGCUCUGUCUGAUCAGGGCAUUAUCAGAAUAAAAAUGGGGAUACGUUUCAAAACGGUCUGAUGGCUCGUGUGGUUGCCCUGUCUGUAUUUUAGCUUUUGAUGGCCAAAAACUACAAAAAUAAAAGUUAGGUUGUUAAUUUUAUUUGAAUUCUGCUUGUGUAACAUAAAGCCAUCAAGUGAAUUAUAAAGUGGUGAUACUGUCACUAUGUUGAGGGGGGAAAAUUGCCUGAUAAUGUUGGGCAGUGAAUUGAUUUGGGUGUUUGUAUGAUCACCUGUGCACAGGUUACACGUUUUUCUCCCUCUUUAGAU